UCACAUGACCGUAGCGGCUGCCUGUACAGUAAGGACCCAAUAUGGCAGCGGCGGUAGCAGUGGCAACGGCAGCAGAAGGACCGGCCGCCCCAUAGACCCGCCCGCGCAACACCCUCGCCGCUUCCUCUGCUUGGGUGCUACUUCGGCCUGACUUCCCCUUUCUCCCACCUUUCCCGGCACCGCGGGAAAAGCAGCGCAGGGCACAGCAGGCAGGGAGGGCGGCUGGAGCCCGGACACGGGAGCCUCCCAGUCAGUUCAAGACCCGACAUGAGGGAAAAGGGCCGUAGGAAGAAGGGCAGGACCUGGGCGGAGGCCGCCAAGACGGUCUUAGAAAAAUACCCCAAUACACCCAUGAGUCAUAAAGAAAUUCUUCAAGUUAUCCAGAGAGAAGGACUAAAAGAAAUCAGAAGUGGGACUUCCCCUCUUGCAUGCUUGAAUGCAAUGCUGCAUACAAACUCCCGAGGUGAAGAGGGCAUCUUCUAUAAGGUUCCAGGUAGAAUGGGAGUAUACACUUUGAAGAAAGAUGUGCCGGAUGGGGUGAAAGAGCUAUCAGAAGGUUCAGAAGAAAGCAGUGAUGGUCAGUCAGAUUCUCAGAGUUCUGAGAACAGCAGCAGCAGCAGUGAUGGUGGCAGCAACAAGGAGGGAAAAAAGAGCAGGUGGAAAAGGAAAGUAUCGUCUAGACCGUCACAGCCAUCCUCUCCCCAGUCAGGCUGCCCGUCACCCACCAUUCCUGCAGGUAAAGUCAUUUCUCCAUCACAGAAGCACAGCAAGAAGGCACUAAAGCAGGCUCUAAAACAGCAACAGCAGAAGAAGCAGCAGCAGCAGCAACAAUGCAGGCCAAGCAUGUCCAUAUCCUCCACCCCACAUCUUUCUCUGAAGACUGUCAAAGCAGCCAGUGACUCUGUAACUGCCAAACCUGCUAUAUGGGAAGGAAAACAAUCUGAUGGACAGUCAAGCAGCCCUCAGAACUCAAACUCUAGCUUUUCUUCUUCAGUUAAAGUGGAAAAUCCUUUGCUAGGCUUGGGGAAGAAGUCAUUCCAAAGAUCUGACAGACUCCACACAAGACAAAUGAAAAGGACUAAAUGUGCUGAAAUUGAUGUUGAGACACCAGACUCCAUUCUGGUCAAUACAAAUCUUCGAGCACUGAUCAACAAACACACUUUUUCAGUCCUUCCUGGAGAUUGCCAACAGCGACUGCUUUUACUGCUUCCAGAGGUGGAUCGACAGGUUGGUCCAGAUGGUCUGAUGAAGUUAAAUGGCUCAGCCCUUAACAAUGAGUUCUUCACUUCAGCGGCCCAAGGCUGGAAGGAAAGACUCUCAGAAGGUGAGUUUACACCUGAGAUGCAAGUGAGAAUUCGUCAAGAGAUUGAGAAAGAGAAAAAAGUAGAGCCAUGGAAAGAGCAAUUCUUUGAAAGCUACUAUGGUCAGAGUUCUGGCCUGAGCCUUGAGGAUUCAAAGAAAUUGACAGCUUCACCCAGUGAUCCCAAAGUAAAGAAAACCCCAGCUGAGCAACCAAAAUCCAUGCUUCCUUCAGAGGUCUCUCUUGUUAGUAUAGUCCCAGUAAUUCCCCAGUUAGAGUCUAAAGAAGAAAUAGUACAUAUGCCAUCACCAGUCAGAAAAGAAGAGCACGAAAGCCAAGAUAACAUGCAGCCAAACUCCAAAUCCACAGAGCCCUUACUUUCCUCAACUAGCGAUACAAAUGAGCUUAGCAGCGUUCUUCCCAUCAAGUGCCCAAAGGAUGAGGAUGUCUUAGAGCAGAAGCCAGUUGCCUCUGCUGAACAGGAGUCUGAGAAAGAGAAUCAUCUCACUACAGCUUCUAAUCAUAACAAAAAUGAAAGCCAAGAAGCUUUAGUUACAUCUCCAAGCAAACCCAAGAGUCCUGGAGUGGAAAAACCGAUAACGAAGCCCACAGUAGAAGCAGGUCCACAGGAGACCGCUGUGAAAGAGCCUCCGUCAACUCUGGUUGAUCACAGCCCAGAAAGCCUCAAGAGGAAGUCUUCUCUCACCCAAGAAGAGGUUUCUAUGAGCUGGGAGAAAAGGCCGCGUGUCACUGAGAAUCGGCAGCACCAGCAGCCAUUUCAAGUCUCGCCACAGCCCUUUCUCAAUAGAGGGGACAGAAUCCAGGUGCAAAAAGUACCACCUCUCAAGAUCCCGGUCUCCAGAAUCUCCCCCAUGCCGUUUCCUACAUCGCAGGUCUCUCCCAGGGCUCGUUUUCCAGUCUCCAUCACUAGUCCUAACAGAACAGGAGCCAGAACUCUUGCAGACAUCAAAGCAAAAGCCCAGCUGGUCAAAGCACAGAGGGCAGCAGCUGCCGCCGCAGCCGCAGCCGCUGCAGCCGCCUCAGUUGGAGGGACCAUUCCAGGACCUGGCCCAGGGGGUGGACAAGGUCCAGGAGAGGGUGGUGAAAGGAACACCGCUAGAGGAGGAAGUUCAGACUCAGACAGAGUCAGUGAAACUGGAAAGGGCCCCACACUGGAACUGGCAGGAACUGGAAGCAGGGGAGGUACGAGAGAGCUUUUACCCUGUGGUUCAGAGACUCAACCCCAAUCUGAGACCAAGACCACAGGCCCGGCACAGCCUCAUAGUGUCUCUGGAGCACAACUACAGCAAACCCCCUCAGUGCCUCCAACAUCUGCCAUCAGUGGAGCAUGCACAAGUGUCCCAUCACCAGCUCACAGUAACGCACCCCCACCAGCUUUAGGGAAACUGAAUGAGAAACCGAAUCCCACCAGGGCAAUCGCCACAGUGGCCUCUCUUAGCCACCUACAGGGGCCCAGUAAUUGCAGGCAGGAGAAAGUACCUUCUGCUCUGACAGGUCCUGCUCUAAUCUCAGGUGCCUCACCUGUUUAUUUUGCGGCUGAUGGCACACUUGAGCCCAAAGCUGGUUCUAGUAAGAAUACACCAAACCCUUUAGUCUCAGCAGAGACAACGGCUAGGGCUACAGUGGAUCUGACUUCUUCUCCUUUAACAUCUUUAUUAAUAGCAGCCACUUUAGAAAAGCUUUCUCUACCCCAGGUCAGUGUAACUGUAGCACCUACCGGGUCAGCUACAUCUUUGAGCACUUUGCCAGCAGCUCCUAGCCUUAAAACUCCAGGAACUUCUUCAAAUAUGAAUGGACCCAUUUCACGGCCAAGCUCCAGUAUCCCUGCUAAUAAUCCUUUGGUCACUCAGCUGCUCCAGGGCAAAGAUGUGCCCAUGGAGCAAAUUCUGCCUAAACCUCUCACCAAAGUCGAAAUGAAAACUGUUCCACUGACUACAAAAGAGGAACCAGGGCCAGGAGCACCCACAGGCACCAACGUAACAGAGAACAGCACCAGAGAGGAAGUUCAUGAGAGGCAGUCUCAUCCAGCUGUACAGCAACUGGGUAAAACCUUGCAAAGUAAGCAUCUCCCCCAGGUUCCGAGACCCCUUCCACUCUUUUCAGGUAAGGAUAUGAGGGACUCUAGCACUGACACACACCAACACCAAGAAGGACUGAGUAAAGCAACCCAAGAUCAGAUCCUUCAGACUCUCAUCCAAAGGGUUCAAAUUCGGAGGCAGAAUGUUCUCUCAAUUGUGCAGCCUUCCCAGUUCAACUUUACUCACUCAGGUUUCCAGUUAGAAGAUAUCUCCACAAGCCAGAGGUUCAUGCUGGGUUUUGCUGGUAGAAGGACAUCGAAGCCUGCAAUGGCAGGCCACUACUUACUUAACAUUUCCACCUAUGGCCGGGGUUCAGAGAGCUUUAGGAGGACCCAUUCUCUAAACCCCGAUGACCGGCUUUGUCUGAGUAGCCCCAGUGAGGCCUUGAAAAUGGGAUACACAGACUGUAAAAAUGCAAUAGGAGACAGUAGCAGCAGCAAAGAAGAAGAUACUGAUGAGGAAAGUACUGGUGAUGAGCAAGAAUCUGUCACGGUGAAGGAGGAGCCCCGGGCUUCCCAGAGUUCUGGCAAGUGUGAAGCAAGUUCAGGACCCCACAGUAGAGAAACCCUAUCCACCAAUGAUUGUUUAGCUAAAAAGAAUGUCAAGGCAGAGACACAAGUGCAUGAGCAAACCACUUUAAGCAAGGAGAAUUAUCUGUUCACUAGAGGCCAAACAUUCGAUGAAAAGACCCUAGCCAGAGAUUUUAUUCAGGCAGCACAGAAGCAAAUGGCUCAUGCAGUGAGAGGUAAAACAAUGCAUAGCAGCCCCGAGCUUUUCAAUUCUACUGCUCUUCCUCCACCUGCAGACAGUCCCACCCAUCAGCCUCUCCUCCUUCCACCACUGCAAACCCCAAAGCUGUAUGGAAGCCCCACUCAGAUUGGGCCAAGCUACAGAGGCAUGAUCAAUGUCUCCACCUCAUCAGACAUGGACCGUAACUCUGCCGUACCGGGGAUGCCUGACUGUAGCCAGGUAUCUAGUAACGUAGGUGAUGUCAUGUCCUUUUCAGUGACUGUCACUACCAUCCCUGCUAGCCAAGCUAUGAAUCCCAGCAGCCAUGGCCAGACCAUUCCUGUUCAGGCCUUUCCUGAAGAGAACAGCAUAGAGGACACGCCUUCAAAAUGUUACUGCCGAUUGAAAGCCAUGAUCAUGUGCAAGGGGUGUGGAGCGUUCUGCCACGAUGAUUGCAUUGGCCCCUCUAAACUGUGUGUCUCGUGCCUUGUCGUUCGGUAACGAGACUAGAAAGAACGCACUGUAAAGGAAGCAGGAAGGGAAGGGUUGACGAGAUUUGUUUUUUGCGUCCUUUUGGAAUCACAGAAAUAAACAAGUAGGUUUCAAUUGUCUUAAGAGACAGCUGUUACUUAAUCAGGAAUACAGAGUACAGAUCUUACAUUUUAGAGGAAGAGCACCUUGUAUAGUCUUAGUCGAGCGAGACUUUAUGAAAUUGUGACGUUUGCACUUACAAAAUCAUGUAAAUAUGUCACAUUUUGUUUUAACAUUUUCCCAAGUGUUUAGGUAAUAAUGUAUUAUUUAAAUUCAGAUUUAUGUUCCACUUCAUGUGAUUCUGAGAAAAGUUAAAUGCCAUGCGUGACGAAAGGAAGCUUGUCUCCCUUCUGUCAUUUCCUAAGAGGCUAGGAAGAGUGAAGGAAUGGUCUGGAGAAGUGACCAUUCAUGUUGAUUAUGUCUUGACCAUCUGACAGUAGGCUUUACCUGGAUUAUUCAGCCUUUGCAGAAUUUGGAUUCAGGGUUUACUCAGUCCCUUUACUUUAGAUGGAACCUUCUUAAGUUCAGAUUUUUGAUAAGGCAUUAAUUUCACAGCUAGUACUUCAAACUAUGAAAGCUCUUGGUUCUUGGCUUCCAUCAACCAGUACAGUUGCCAAGCACUGUGCUGGCAAUCUGUGGAUCCCUGCUGUUCCCUAACCCCACUCCCCUGCCCUGAAACAGUGGGUGUGGGCCUUGAAGGGUAUGCUCUCCGGUGCCUUGUACUACCGUAGUUUGGGGCAGGGCAACAGUUCUAGCAAUAAUAUACAAUUACUUAUUCAUGGGAGCUUGCAAACAGGUUUGAAAUACUAAAAUUAAGAGAAGUGUUAGCAAUGGGUGACUUGAACCAUGUGUUUUGUUGGGCAAGGGGAGUAAAGGUGCAGAAACAGUUAAACUGAACGUGAACUUUGGAAAAGAAUUUUAAUAUUAGAAACAAGAUAGCCUCUUUUUUCUUCUCUCUCAACCCAUUACUUUUAAUGUUCUGUAGUCAGCUGUUGCUGCAGGUAGAAAAGCUCACUAAUGCCACAUUUGCCCAUUCCGUUAAACCUGGUUUGGCCUCCCAGGCAUCUAAGGAGUAUGGAGUAAUCUUUUCAUGUGUUAUUUGGAACACACAUAUGCACACACGUAUACACGCAUACAAUGAAAGUCAUAUACUUUUCCCGUUAUAAAAAAUAUGUCCCCUCUUGGAUUACUGCUGUUUGUGCACUAGAAAUUUCUGAUAUAAAGGGGCUUCAGUGAAUAUCCAAGGGAACAUCUAGAAAGGAGAAAAAUUACCUCCAGAGUUUUGUUGUUUUUGUUUAUUCUUUUUUGUUGUGUUUUUAAUCUGUAUCUAGUGACUAAAGAAUUUUUGAGUACAUAUAUUUAAGGCAUGGUUAAAGAACAUCUACAAUUUACCAAAAUUUGAUAUUUAAAAAUCGAGUGUUGUCAAUGUGCACCAUUUGCAUAUUGAUUUCAAGUUUCCUGAUUUCAAGUGUGUAAAGUAAAAACACUACUGUAACCUAGUCCAGUUGUAGUUGUACUUAAUAUUCAGGAUGUGAUAUUUACACCAUGGAGAGCAGUGUAACUUGUUAAGUCACAUUCCAGAUUAGGAGAAAGUAGGUAGUAGUAAUUUUUGCUUUGCCCCCAUUCUGCUACCCUCCUCUCCACCCUCCACGUUAUACACUCUUUUAAUACUUCUUUCUCAGACUCCCUAAGAAACUUAUUACUUCACUGUUUUUCAUUUUUUGUUUCUGUUUCUUUUCUGGCCCAAGGUAAAUAUAAGAUUAAUAUCUGUGUUCUAGUUUCAGCCAGGACAAUUAGAUGUCCUUCUAACUUGCCUUUUCUUCCAGCACACACAUAGCUAAGAGAUAGGAAACCUGCAAGGAUCCAAGGAUAAAGUUGAAGUUCUCCAGCCAAGAACCAGUAGGAAACAGAAACCAUGGCUCUGUUCCCAAAAUUUCAGAACCUUAGAUGAAAAAAGACCUGUGGCUGGGGGUUUCAGAACUGACGCCAUGCUAAACAUUAAUUACCAAUUUGAAUUAAUUAAAGUGAUUUCUUUGCACCUUUCCGAUCAUAAGGAGUUUCUCCUCUAUGAUUCCCUUAAUCUGAGGAUGGACAGACUAAUCAGGAAAGGAGGAAAGGCAUCAGGGAUUUCCGGGUCCAUUUAGACAGCAAACCAUAUCGUGCCUCUUCAUCUUGACCCAAGCUCUUGCAGAUGGUCCUAAGCAUUACUAUUAACUAGAUUUUCUUAAAUAAUAUCCAGCUAAUCAAAUAUUUGCAUUUAUGAAUGCCCUUUAAACAAAUUGUCAAAUAGGUACACUGCCUCAAUAUUGUCCAGAUGAGAGAAUAGUUAGGUUCUCGUAGGUCAAUAGUAAAUUGAAUACAUUCUAUUUAUCAGUUUGUUUCAAAACAGUGAUUUCAAGUAGAAAGUUGCUCAUCUUACGAGCUGAACAGAAAAAAAAAAAAAACAAUCUGGGCCUUUUGAAAAUGAAGCAUUAGGAACAAGAAAAUCUUUUAAUUAUUAGAAUAUGGUAUUCCAGUAACCUUAAAGCAAUUUUUAUCGUAGGUUUUCAGAAUUACUUUACUUUUCAAUUCAGUCCAAAAUUUUUCUAGUAAGCGCUAAGAUUCUUUUUAUGGUACUAAGUUGCACUAUUUCCAGUGACUAGUCAGGCAUUACGCCUCCAGGGUGUGCUUCUCAAGCCUUCAGAUACCCUUCACUGCAGGUCACCUUGGGCAGGUAGCAUUAACUAUAUCAUCUCAGUCUCACGAAUAUGCUAAGUUGUCUAGCAGAGAAGGUUUCCUGAAUGUUAAAUCUUAAAGAAUUUUGAUUAAAAUUCUCCAUCCUAUUAAGUAGAAAAUAAAGCCAAAUAACCUGGAGGUGUUUGCUCUACUUUUAUUCCUUCAGCCCUGUGCUCAGGAUACCGAAGCUAUCUGUGGUAUCCCAUGUGACAUUUUAAAGGAUAAAAUCUGACAGAUGUGAAAUUUGUCUUGGGGUAGGGGAAGCAUACUUGCAUGGUAGGCUGGAAAGGCACGCAGAUGGAUAUGUUUCAGGAAUUAUCUCACAUUUAAAUAAAUAGCCAAAGGCAGACCUCAUUGCCUUCCAGGUGAAGGUAUAAAUUCCUACAUAUUAGUGACCUGACAGUCACCAUCCUAAUUACUUAGUAUUGCCUUUCUCUGCCUUAGAGUCUUUAAAAACAUUCUUGGGUGAAAUGAUUUGUUAUAAUAAUGUUGGGGGGGCGGGGCUUGUCUCUGGUCAGCACACUGCUAUUUAUUUCUGCAACUUAUUAUCUAUGAGCAGUGCCAGGGUGGUUUUCUCUGACCUAUUGGUUUCACUUCACAGCAAUGAGGGAAAGUCUCCCCGUUGCUUUACAACGAUGUGCUAAGUAAAAAACUUGGCCGAGGGUAGUUUUCAGCUCAAUUUAUAGAAUAGUCCAAAGAGACUGAGAAACAUGAUAAUGGGCAGGGAUAUUUCCUACCAUGUUUCAAUACCUACAUAACUAUUGAAAGAAAACAGUAGGUAAAACAUUUCCUAAAGUUGGAAGUAAGAUCUUCAUAGAUUCUUGGUGACUUUAUUUUUUUUAAUGCUUUACAUUUGAUACAGCUAUUAAAGAUCAAUUUUAAAAUACCUUUCCAGUAAUAUAUUUUAAGUAAUAUAUAUUUUAAUAUCUAUGUAAAAAGUGACAGUGAAAGACUGAAUUUCUCACAUAUGGUAUGUUUGAUGUAGGACCUCACCGUUAAGGCACAAAUGACUUCAAAGGAAGUUACUCUAAAGACACUUAGGUUAUUUCCAAAAAAAAAUGCAAUAAGGGGAAUGGUUUUGGAGUUUUUGAUUUUAAAAGAAAAUUGACUUAUUUACUGCAAGCUAUUUUUUUUCUUUCUGGCUGUUAAGGUUUGUACAGACUGGUUUGGUAAAUGCUAAACUUUUGUGUCUUUUGCCUUUUUAAAGGAAUUGUUAACAUUGGAAUUGAGGGUAUGUACAGAGAAGUUGGUGUCGACACCAUUUAAAAAGUCAUAUUUUUUCACAAAUAUAGAAAAAUCAUUUUACAUAAGAAUUUUAAGUAUUUGCAAUAAAUAUAUGUAUAUAGAUUGUAUGUAUUCAUAUAUUAUUUUUCAUUUUAUUAAGUAAAAGAUAAUUAAAGUGAAAAUAAAAACUUUGGAGUUUUUGGUGAAUCUUGAGGUCUGACAUACAUCUGAGAGUGGCGUGGGUAAGGGCCCUCAGUUUGUUGCCUUAUAUUACUAAGAUUACCACAGAUUGUACAGAAGGGAGUAAAAUGAGUACUUUGGUGAUAAAUCAGGGUAACAUAUUUCUUUGAGAACUCUAGUAAAAUAUUAAAUUCUCUUAAUCUGUGCGACUCUGUUUUUACCUUUGAACUGUUUUAUCUCUUCACCACCUGAUGUCACUGGGAAAGUAAAACAAAGCAAAACAAAAAAAACUUUUUUUUUUUUUUUAAUAUGCCCAUUGUUUGCUUCUAAAACAAAGAAUGGUAAGAAAAUAUGUCAAGGGGAAAAUAUGUUUUUCUUUCUCCACAGUGGUUAAUAAUUCAUUAGCAAACAUUCACUACCAGUGCCUUCCAGGCCAGGGCUAUGUGAAGAAAUCAUCUCAUGAAGGUAAUAGGACGCUUUUUUCCUGUUUUCCAGUUUUUCUCUGAGAAAUGAGUUUCAAAGCCAGUUUUGUUUUUUUUUUUAAUGUCCCUGAUCUGGAGCAGUAGAAGAGCUAGGUGAACUUGGAUCUUGAUCUCCCUAGUGUCUAGAAGGGCAUUUGUGAAAAUGAGAAAAGUUAGUAGACGUUAAUUGUCCAUAGUCUUUUACCUAGAGAUAAUCUGGAAUCCUGAUGUCCUAGAACGUAAUUUUGUGGUUGUAAAUACUUGUUUUUAGGAUAUGCUUGAGGAAGCAAAAUGAUACCUAGAUAGUCUUUGGAAAUGUAUACAGCCCAUUCUUUAAAAAAGAAUAAUAUAUAGAUUUAUAGAUGACCUGAAAGAAAAUAAGGUCAAAAUUUCAAAAAUGUAUCUUAAUGACCCAUGAAACUGACUUUUUAUUGUAGUUCACUAGUUCUCUCCCAAAUUGCUCAGCUGUGGUGGUUCUCACUGAUAAAAAUAGCAUAUUUUGAAAUUAAUAAGGAUAGAUGGAAUACUUUUUAAAAGACAGCCUUACUAUUUUCAAAGACAUUUCAAACAUCAGAGUUGCCCAAAGACGUCGGAGAUAGGUUAGCCAUCCAAAAGAACAGAACUCUAAAUCUUUACUGAAAAUAUACUAUUUCUGAAGGAAAUUCUUAAGUCUCAGGGAACAUCUGCAUUCUCAUAAUUCCCAUGAAAGGAAUGAAGGUGAAAUAUUUAAAUGUAUGUGAAGCAUUCCAUGGACCAUUUACAGUAGACCUCCUCUACCCCUUCCUGGUACAUAUUUAUUUAAGUUGGCUGCCUACCUCACUGGAAGAAAAAUUUAUAUUCAGGUAAUGACACAGGAGCCUAAAGGUACGGUUGGUUGGUCUGCAGUUGUGUGAGAAAGCAAUGUACCAGAACACAGCUUUACCCGAGUCCCCAAUUUUAUUGACAUCACAGUCUUAGAAAUCUGUGUCCUUUGUUUUUGACACUACUUGACAACAAGUGGUCUUCAGAAAUCAGAUUUUGCAUAAUAUUUCUAGCUGUUUUUGUGUACAAAUCAUGUUAUUUACUAAUUCAAAUAUUCAAACACCUACGUGCUAAGCACUGCACUAAAGCCCUGGCUAUGCACAGGUAAACAGAAGCAGCCAUGCAAACUGAAUGGUCUUGCUAACCAUACAGCAUGUGUCUAGGUCAGGGCUCAAUGAGGAAUACGUGCUACACAUUUACCAACAUGUGUUGGAAGUUUAAGUGUAAAUGAGUAAUAGAUGUGUUUGAGGCACUGAACUAAACUGUGACAAGCCACGAAGAAAGAAGAAAGGCAUUGCCCUUAGAUGAAACAACAAUGUGGAAGUGAGGAGCCAUGUUAAUAAGAUUUACCGCUGUUGAGAACUAUCAUUGGAAGAUUCAGGGUUUUUAAUAGAAAUUUCAAGAAAUCUCUUAAUAUUAUCUAAAUUGAGAGAAUCUGGCCAAAAGCAAUCCUUUUGCAUUAUGUCUGGUCAGUAUAUCAGUAAAGAUGCUUUAUCUUAGGUUCAACUAAUUCCUUCAAAUAAUAACCCAAAAGAAGCUAAAAAGAAAAAAAAAACAUCUUUAUCUGGUGGUCUAGUGGGAAGGAAGUAUAUCACUGAAGAGGUUGCAUCCGUUUUUUUCCUCCAUAAUGGAUAAAAUUAGUGAUUUUUUCUAAUAUAUUGGCUUUUUUCUGUAAGUCACAGAACUUAAAAGAGUCUUCAGCAGAACCCUAGCCUUUUUUAGUGGCCAAAAUCCUCAUUCUUUAAGACUUUCUGGUAGAAGUUUUUAAAAGCAUAAAUCAUUGUAUUUUGUCAGUGCUUAUUCUUGAAUUUCCUUUGUCAUUUAUCUCCAUCCUGGAUGACUGGAUUUGCAACUUGAAUUCUGUAUGCCAAAAAUGCCCAUAUUCACCUUUCAAAGAAGUGUUAGGUGUAUUCCAGUAUGUAACUCAGUCUCAACUCUGUCCAGGAAGUAGGAGGAUGGGUAAUCCUAUAUUUUCCUAAUACUUGGUGACCUUAAAUGGCAGAUUGGAUUUCUUUCAUGAGGACUAUAUAAACUAAGGGAUCUCUAUACCGCCAUGUAGCUCAGUCUUAACAUACAAGGAGAAUCUCCUAGCGAGAUUUUCUUUAACAGGAAGGACAGACUGAACCUGGAAGAGAGCUGGAGAUGGUCGUUGACUAGAUACUGGGUUCUCCUGAAGAGUAACUUCGAACUCAUUUUAACUGGUUCUUCAAACUCAGAAGAAGCUAGGAUAUUAACAGAUGAUUUCAUCUUGACUGCAAAAACAAGAGAAUGCCUAGGGGAGAAGAAAGGUAAAUCCAAAAUUGGAUUUAAGAUAGAUUUAAGAAAACUUGGGAUUAUUCUCUUUUAAGAUUUUGGGUUCCAAUAAUAAUGUCGAAUUGUCAUGAGUGGAACAUGGAAUUUGAUUUGAGACAUUUUGUGGACUAAGUAAUGGUUUUCUAUUGAAUUGUAGUGUCAGCUUUAGCUGCUGAUCACGAUUUAGGGUUGUGCACUUGUGUACAUUAAGAUACGCAGAUGUUGGCUCAUAAACACUUUAACUUCAGUCAACACUUCAUUUUAUUAACUUUAAUCAUGGGCCCUCUUUUUAAGUAUUUCAAACUAACCCCCCCCCCAAAAAAAAAGCAAUGCAAUGAAUGCUAUCAAAAUAUCUGAAGAUAUUUUAGAACUGUUAUUUUACACACAGCCUGUGUUCUUCCUAUGGAAAGUGUGAUACAUCAAAUUUUACAUUUCUUGGGUCAGUUCUUUUCAAAAACCAGUGUCUAAUGUUGUCAGGUACCAAGAGCUUGGAAAUGAUGGAGUUGGACUUUGACCCUAAGUCAGCAAUUCUUUCCAGUUUAGAUUUUCCGGCAAUAGCAAUUUGGAGCAUUCAGUAGUGAUCCCAGCUGAACAUUUAUGUAAUCACUGCAUAAGCUUUAGAUUAAGGAACCUCUUCCAGAGUCUCAAAUUUGAUUUACUUUGUGUUGCAUAAGGCGAUAUAGCUCCUGAGCUGGGAAGGAUUUGAUAAUUUGUUCUCUGAUGAUAAACUACUGAUCGAAGGGCACGUUUGUUCUUAAGAGAAUCCAUGAAAUGUCUGGAGUCCCUGAUAGAUCUAGAGUACAUGACAAAUGAAACUCUAGAACUUAAAAACUUUCCUCUUAGCCAUAAGCGCUACGACCUAUUAUUUCAAAAACCAUCUUAAUUAUGUGACUCAUUGCAUCACACCGUAAGACUUUCACCAGCACCAAGAGAAAUCAGAAUGGAAUGAAUGACCUUAUAUUGGUCUUGUUCACUCUAAAAUCUUUGUGCACAUAGGCCUUAGCACUUUGACAGGUAAAACUCUGCCUUUUAGCUCCCUCUCAAUAUUGUCUUUAUUCCUCUCACUUUUAGACUUUUCCUUUAAUUGGUUGUAUAAAACGACUUUCUUCAGAAUUGAAUGUAUAAUAAUGUCUCUGCACAUGGACAAACUGUAUUUUAGUGACUCAUUUUAUGUUGAAUAAAGGCAUACAGUUUUAAUCUA